AUGCCGCCCCUCAAGAAACGGAAGUUGAGCCACGAUGAAUCCUCCUCCGAUAAUGAUGAUCAGUCUGCAAAGUCGCCUGUCGGGUCCGAGAGCGCACCGACCAGCGAUGCUGAAGAAGAAGAAGAAGAAAUGCACACAAAGUCCACGAAACCAACGACGUUCAAAGAGCUGGGAAUAAUUGACUCCCUGUGCGAAGCAUGCGAGAGACUCGGGUACAAGGCGCCUACUCCAAUCCAAGCUGAAGCCAUACCGCUGGCUUUGCAAGGUCGUGACCUCAUCGGGCUGGCAGAGACAGGCAGCGGCAAAACGGCUGCAUUUGUCCUGCCUAUCCUGCAAGCACUCAUGGACAAACCGCAACAACUCCAUUCGUUGAUCCUGGCACCGACACGAGAACUAGCGUACCAGAUCUCCCAGGCGGUGGAAGCCCUAGGCUCGCUGAUCGCCGUCCGGUGCGCUGUGCUGGUCGGUGGAAUGGAUAUGAUUCCACAAUCGAUUGCUCUAGGAAAGAAACCCCAUGUCAUUGUUGCCACGCCCGGCCGCCUGCUGGACCAUUUGGAAAACACAAAGGGAUUCUCCCUGCGCCAGUUAAAGUACCUGGUCAUGGACGAAGCCGACCGACUGCUCGACUUGGACUUUGGGCCCAUCCUGGACAAGAUCCUGAAGAUCCUACCAAGGGAAGGGAGAAAGACGUAUCUGUUUUCUGCUACCAUGUCGAGCAAGGUCGAAUCCCUACAACGAGCUUCAUUGUCAAAUCCCCUCCGUGUGGCGGUCUCCCAGGACAAAUACCAAACCGUGUCGACGCUGAUCCAGUCAUACCUCUUCAUCCCCCACAAGCACAAAGACCUUUACCUCAUACAUGUUUUGAACGAACUUGCCGGCCAGACAGGGAUCAUCUUUACACGCACAGUCAACGAAGCACAGCGAAUCUCGAUCCUACUUCGGACCCUGGGCUUCUCCGCAAUUCCAAUCCACGGCCAGCUAUCUCAACAGGCGCGAUUGGCCGCUCUCAACAAGUUCCGCGCAAAGUCUCGUAAUCUGCUCGUCGCUUCAGAUGUGGCGUCGCGUGGCCUCGACAUUCCAUCCGUUGAUCUCGUGGUCAACUUCGAUCUUCCCCACGAUAGCAAAACAUACAUCCACCGCGUCGGGCGUACGGCGAGAGCGGGCAAGAGCGGCAAAGCGAUUUCAUUUGUCACUCAGUAUGAUGUGGAGCUGUGGAUGAGGAUCGAGGGGGCACUGGGCAAGAAAUUGAACGAGUACGAAACAGUCAAGGAAGAGGUCAUGGUGUUGGCAGAACGAGUAGGAGACGCCCAACGGGCGGCAGCAAUGGAGAUGAAGGAGCUGCAUGACAAUCGGGGCAAGAAAGGUGCAACGCUGCGACACAAGCGGACGGCAAAGGGCGUGGGUGGGAAGCGGAGCCGAGAUGAUAUGGACCAAGACGAAGGAUAG